GCAACCGCAAAAGCGCCAAAGAAAAGCCCCCUCCCCACCACCAUCGGUCCAGGACACGCACGCACAGAGCACCACGGCGCGUGUACCUGCACUGCCGCUGCCUGCCAGCGCGGUGCCCCGGUUGCUUCCUCCCCUUCCCGUUUUCAAAAAUCAAACCCGGAAGCCCCUUUCUCCUCCCCUCCGCAGGGAGCCGGAGCAGCAGUUGCGCUCCACCUCUCCAUCGCUCUCGCCGCGGGGCGAAUCCGGAACCGCGGCACUCUUCUCCUAACCGACUCCUUCGCCUCCGUCCCAGGCCCCAACCGGUCCCUUCCAGUUCCCUUCGUCGGGUCGCCAGUCCACUUUGCCCACCCGACCUUUUCCCCCGAUCUCCUUCUCGCUAAACAAACCAUCGGCUGAACCCCUUCGCCCGUCCGAGAUUAGCCAAGAAAAGCUCCCCGCUUUUCACCAGUCCUCCAUCCCGCCAGUUCUCUUUUUGCUGCUUAGUACAGCACUUGACUGCUUGCUACUGUUGGGUGGAGUUUUAGAGGCCAGUGCAAGAGCCGAGAUUUCUUCCUGGACUGCUCGUUUGGUGGUGGGUGGUUCGUGGUUGCGGCGGCUGUGGAGUUGUGGGGUGGGUGAAAAGGAGGGAUCCGAGAUUCUUGCGGAUUCUGUUCUUCGAAGGCUGAAGCGGCGGCGGCGGCGGGGGGAGAGCAGCCACCGGUGCCUGGCCUUGGAGCGGCCCCGGUCCGUCUAUGGAACUUGCCGCCCCGGCGCCACGGUCCGGCCCGGAAGCGAAGUGCACAGCAAGGCGCGACUUUCCUGCCUCUCUGACGCUGACGCUGCUGCUGCUGCUGCUUCUGACCGUGGUAAUCUGCUGUUUGGUCCUUGCUCCGCGGUGAUGGAUUGCGGCGCUGUGAGUAUGGUGCCUCAUAGGCGCGGGUGCAAUCACUGGGUGUUGCUGCUCUUCUGCUGCUGCCUCCUCGCCUUCCCCUCACAUGGUCCUCUAAUGGUUGAAGCGUUUGUCGGGGCUUAUGGAAUAAACUACGGGAGAAUAGCAAACAACAUCCCUUCCCCGGAUAAAGUAGUGGAGCUCCUGAGGAAUUCAAAGAUAAGGAAUGUCAAGAUAUAUGAUGCGGAUCACAGUGUUCUUGAUGCAUUCAAAGGGUCUGGGCUCAACCUGGUCAUUGCAAUCCCGAAUGGGUUAGUAAAGGAUAUGGCUGCAAAUGAGAGCAGGUCAAUGGAAUGGCUGAAUCAGAAUGUGCAGCCUUAUCUCCCUCAGACACGGAUCGUUGGGAUCACAGUGGGAAACGAGGUGCUGGGAGGCCAAGAUCAAAGCUUGUAUGAGCCUCUUGUUGAAGCUGUGAAGAAUGUGUAUAAUGGACUUAAGAGCCUCCACUUGGAGAGCAAAAUUGAGCUUUUCACACCUCAUUCGGAAGCUGUUUUUGCUAAUUCCUACCCACCCUCUGCGUGUAUCUUUAAGGAAGAACUCAUGGCAUACAUGAAACCGCUCCUGGAUUUCUUUUCGAUGAUUGGCUCACCUUUCUAUGUCAAUGCGUACCCUUUUUUGGCUUACAUAAGUGAUCCGGAACAUAUCGACAUUAAUUAUGCUCUCUUUAAGCCCAACAAAGGAAUUGUUGAUCCGAAUACUAACCUGCACUAUGACAACAUGUUUGAUGCCCAGAUAGAUGCAGCUUAUGCUGCUCUACAGGCUGCUGGGUAUAACAACAUGGAGGUUAGGGUAGCAGAGACUGGCUGGGCUUCUAGUGGAGAUGAAAACGAAGCAGGAGCUUCAUCUGAGAAUGCAAGGACUUAUAAUUUCAAUCUCCGCAAACGGCUCUUUCUGAGGAAGGGAACUCCUCUCAAGCCAAAGAGACCAGUCAAAGCAUAUAUCUUUGCCUUGUUUAAUGAGAAUCAGAAGCCUGGACCUGGCUCCGAGAGGCACUAUGGGCUGUUCCUUCCUGAUGGAAGGAUUUCAUAUGACAUUGGUUUAUCAGGUCUAUUACCUUCAUCUGCAUCCUCAUCUGUGUUGUCCAUUAAGAAACUUCGAGCUGGCGGUUGGAUUGUGCACUAUUUGGCUACAGUUAUUUUAUCUAUUUUCAUUUUUUUGGCCAUAGUGACUUAAGUACGGCAUAGCACAUCUGUAGUAAAGGUACAAUUGAGAUUAAGUUAGAAUGUUGUGACUGGGAAGUUCAUAAUAAAAAUUCAAUAAUAAUUCCUUGCA